CAAAAUGGAUGACUGUGUUACGAAAUGUCCUAUUUGCAUGGAAACAUUACAAACACCAAGAAGUAUUUCAUGCUCACAUACGUUUUGCCAAAAGUGUUUGAAUGAUCAUAUUAUCACAUCGUGUCAUGGAAAGGAUUCUCCGACGGGUUUUCAUUGUCCUGUAUGUCGAAAAUAUGUUCCGGGUUCAAUUUCUAAUAAUCCUUCAUUGUGGGCAAAAUCAUUUCCUAAAAACGAAACGAUCGAGUUUCUAAUUCAUAGUGCUGACGACGAAAACGUUCUUAAAUUUUGUAAGCCAUGUCUGAGUGGCAACAAAGAGGAAACAGCCAGUACUUUGUGUAAAUCAUGCAUGGAAUGCUUAUGUGAGGGAUGUACUGAUCACCACAAGAGACUGACAAUAACCAAAGACCACGAAGUGGUACCUUUGGAUGAAAUACACAAGCCUUCUUAUUUUGAAAAAGAAGAACAUAAUUGCAAUGAACACGAUUUGAGGUACUUAGAUUUAUUUUGUUUUGAUCAUGACACACCUUGUUGUUCUGUUUGCAGUAUAACAGAUCACAAAACCUGCAAAAUGGACACGAUUAAAACAGUUUUUGACAAAAUUGAAAAGGAAAAUGAAAGUCAACAAAUGCUUUCAGAAAUCUGUCGCGCCGAAAGUCAUUUAAAGAAGUUAAAGGAGAUUCAAAAGGAAAAGCAAACAAAAUUAGAAGAUAAAGCAGAUGAAAUAAGAGAUGAGACAAACAAACUGAGACAGGAAAUCAACGAUACAUUGGAUAGACUUGAGCACAAGCUUCACGAAAAUCUUGCAAAAAAUAUGAAAUUAACUCAGAAAGCCAUAGAUGAAAAUAUGGAAACCCUCUCUGAUCUCCUCGAUCUUUCUAAUCACUGUAAGGAAUUUUUGACUAGUGCGACAAAAUGGACGUGUAGCCCUGGCUAUGUAGGAGGAUUUCAUAAAAUAAAAAAGCAAUUGAAACGCUUGAAAAGUGCAAAGUUAUACAUAAAGGACGCAGAGAUAUCUGCAACUUUCCCCAAUUUUUUAAAAACAAUAAGAAGUAGUAAGCAAUCUGCAUCUUUAACUGUGAAGGAAAAUCCAAUAUCCCUGAUUAAUCUUGAAUUUCAAUCCGUUCCAAAGGGAGUUGUACAAGUAGAAAAAAAAGUACUGGACAUUUUAAAAGAUGAUGCAGCUAUCAAUGAUAUUCUUUUCUUUGACAAUAACACAGAUAUUUUGGUUUUUGUUGACGAUAAAACCGGCGUAGUUUCUGACAUAUCUGGAGUUUGUCAUAAAAGCGUAGAAUUCAGAUUUUCUAUUCUUCGUGCUGUUCUGAUUAGGAAAAAAAUAUAUGCAGUAACCGACAAGGGAAACUUGUACAAUCUUGAAAUACCUCAAAACAAUACCACUUGUAAGUGUACCAAGAUUAACAUUACUAGACAGGCUUUUACAGUGUCUGUUUUUCAAGAAAGUUUGGUUGUAGGUUGCGUCAAUGCUAUUGUACACAUGGAUACAAAUGGAAAGGAAAGGAAAAAUAUUCCCGCAGAAGGCUGUAUUAUUGACACUAUUUCUCUCAUUUCUGGCAACCAUAUUUACAUAGGUCAAAAAUCAUUAAAUCGGGAGCGAACUGUCAGAGCAGUCGAUGGCAAUGGACAAGAGUUAUGGAAAUAUGAACAUUCCGAGUUGAAAUUUCCUUUUAGGUUGACAAAGGAUUAUGUUGAAAAUAUCUAUAUCGCUGGUUUUUCUAGCCAUAACAUACACCUGCUAAGCAGUGCAGGAUAUGCUUUGAAAAUAUUCGAACAAAUUCCUUAUCCUGGCAGAAUGCUAAUUAGAAAAGAAAGUAGCAACGAAAUUUAUCUUGUGUCCGCUUUCAAUUCGAUCAAAAAAGUCAAAUUAAUCUGAUGAAUGUAUCUCCUGAGGAUUUUAUUACAAAAUUGACAUUUAUUAUGCAUGUUGAUUAAAGUGUAUAGAAUACAAUCA